AUGGCGCAAGCCCAUGGCCUUAGGCUUGUCGACGGCGAGUGGGUCUCUAUGCCUAUCGACGCUUUUCAUAUCUUGGCCAACACUCAGCAAAAUGACACCCAAAUGCCUAAUGUCGCCCCCAAGGCUGCUCAUCGGGUGCCCGAGUAUGGCAUACUAUCGCAGACAGUCAUCACUACUCCUCUAAACAAGCUCAUUUUACCCGCCAGCAUACGCCACGGCGACUUGGUUGAUGUUGUCAUUGUUGGCGAGGACUACAUACAUCUCAAGGAAAUUCGUGAUCAUGGCCGUAUCCGCCAUGUGGCAACCAAAACUGACUUCAACGGCGGCCGUAUCAUAACCGCCAAGGUGUUCGGCCAUCCACGCGAGGUGCCUAGCACGAAAAUUGGCGGCCUCCCUUUGCCAAAGACCGACUUGAAGCAGAUAUCACGACGGCCAGCAAGUGAACGGAAGAUCCAUUUGCCCCCAGAAGUCGUUGUACUCACUCUCUCCAAUAGGACGCUCAUGUUCUUGUGGGCCCAACAUACUCACACAGGUCUGAGCACUUUCACACAAAAGACUGUCAGAUUACCCGCAGGAAGCUCACGGUUUGAUCGUUUCGGCAGUAUCCUAGCUGUCGAUCCCCAGUGCCGGGCAAUAGCUGUUGCAGCGCAUGAGGGUCGCUUCAUCCUCUACAAAACCAAGUCCAUGGCGGCUUGGGAAGCCGAGGCUAACAAAGGCCGCGAGAUGCCAACAGCUAUUGAAGAUGAGCGUAUCAUAUCAGUCCAGGGGCAAAUCAUGCACAUGGACUUUCUAUCCCCUGGAGAAGAUGAGUAUCACGUUGUUCUUCUUUUAGUCAUUGUUCUCGAUGGCCGAACAAGGCUUUCUUGCUUUGAUUGGGAUUGUAGGCAGGAUCUUAGCGAAGCAGCAGCACGCACAGAGCGGUAUUAUGUUCAAAAGGGUAGGUCAAUAGCCGUGGAGGUGCACAUUCUUGUAACUACUGCUAAUUCAUCAGAGGACACUAUGCCUUCACUCCUAAUCCCUCUCCGCCGUAGCCCUGAUUUCCUCUUGGUUUUCAACGAGCACAUUUCCGUAUACAAAAAUAUCCUCUCCGGAGACCCAGCAUGUGCGGUGGUGCCUAUCGAUCCGAGCUUGCUCAUUCCACUCCUACCAGGUGACAGUAAAUCAAGACCAAAAUGGACAGCGUGGGAUAAAACCCUACGCAAUCCAGGCUACCCGAAAGAGAGCUUCUACCUAGCAAGAGAGGAUGGACGUAUCAUAUAUCUGGUCAGAGGACCAGCUGGGACUGUAGAAAUGGAUGAGGUCGGCGAAUGGUCACAUCGCAUCGACACUGCUUUCACAUGUUUGCGGAUUGAUGGCUCUGAGACUUCGCAGCAGUAUCCGGAUUUCCUGAUUGCUGGCGGGGCUAGCAACGACGGUCUGCUAUGCAAGGUUGGACCAUGGCUAACCGAGUAUUCCCAUCACGAACCGAGGACGAAUUCAUUUUCGUACAUUGAUUCGAUGCCUAAUUGGACGCCUCUUACAGACUUUGCAAUUACCAAGCUUUCUACUCCACGCGCCUCCAGUGAGCGUCAGCGGGCUUCGAUAUUCGUUGCCAAUGGAAACAGUCCGUCUGGAGAAAUUUCCGAGCUCAGACACGGAGUGCAAGCCACAGUGGACGAUAGUUUCAGUGGAGUCAAUGGCUGUGCGGGCGUAUGGGUCGUCGAUCACGGGAGUCACGUGGUUGAUAUCGAAGGCAUAAUGACAAGACAGCAUUAUGCAACAUUGACAAUAACACUCCCACCAGAGACCCUUGUGAUUCGUAUUGUACGCACGCAACCGGAGUGUGACAGAGCCUUCUCUGGCGCUUGGGAACUAGGCUCGUGGGACAAGUUCCAGACACCGAGCGACGACGACCCACUUGAAGACAGCCUUGCGCGAGACGAGGAGACAAUAUCUGCAUGCCCUUGGGCAAGGAAUGUAUCGAUUCAGAUUACAAGGAAAGAAGCUCGCACGCUCCUUCGACCAACAUUGCGCCAAGUCGACAUACUGAGAUUUGAAACGUCACUCUUGUUAGCUGCUUCUCGCCCUACGCAUCCGUUCAUCGCAAUUGUUUUUCGUGAGCAGGGAUGCAUAUUCCUAGAGAUUGUACCGAUAUCGGAUGACGGCACCUUCGACAGGACAGCCAAUUUCCGUCAACAGCUGCCCUACGAUCCCACAUGUGUUGAGAUAUUGGAGAUUGGGGGUAUAUCAUACGUGUUUGUCAGCACCUUUGAUUGCAAAAUGAUGCUUUUCAAACACCACGACCGUCAGACAUCUUUGGUGAUGGAAGGUACCUGGGACCAAGAUUUGCCCGGCGGUUCACAGAAGCUCUGUGAGAGUGUCGCGGUCUUAAGCUCAAAUGACCAGCACAUCCUAGUCUGUGGAAUGCGGGACGGCACUCUUUUGAGCUCUGCAUUGGAGAUACGAGACCAAAGAAUCUCCCCUAUUUCUUGGACAUGUACGCACGUCGGUACAACCCCAGCCAAGAUUACCAAUAGUGAGACUGAUGCCUCUUCUGCAUUUGUGUCCUGUGGUUCAGAUUUCUGUCGGGUACAAUUUCCCAGAAAUGGGUCAUUAGAUCUCGAGAUUGACUGCAUAUGGUUCGCCGACCGCACACAACCUGAUUAUGACCAAUCUCCAGUAUCCGCUCUAUAUCAGCUACCCUUCCUCCCAGAGUUGGAAAAGUUUGGAAGAAAUCUUGGGGGCUUUUUGUUCGUUGUUGCGGGUGACCGUCUCCUUUUCUCCCAACUUGAGUCGGACAUCAGAUGGGCAGGUGACAGCACACCUACCCAACCCUUCUGUGACUCCAGAAUGGUCCCACGAAAGAUGAUUACAGGCGCUAAGCCUACAAGCAUACUGUAUAUGCAAAAACUGCGGCGGGUUGUUGUCUCAACGAUGGAAGCAAAGGAAAGUCAUGCACCACCACAUGGCGAGCGGGUCUUACACUCGUCAAUCAAACUGCUUGAGGUGCGCGAUGAUAGAUCAACCAACGAUAUGGAAAUAAAACAAGAGGAACGAGACGGCGUUCCAGAACGAUUAGUCGUAGCCCAGUUCUCGCUACAGCACGCGGAAAGAGUAUAUACUAUGGUCGAGUGGCAAUUUGUCACUCAGCGGGAUAAAAAGUACUCUCUGAUCAUUGUAGGCACGGGUGUACAAGUGGGAACAAGCCGACAAACCGGGAGGCGACUGAUCUUCAAUACUGGAAGGUCAGGCUCUAAGCUAGAGCUACAAAAACAGUCUACCUACGACCAACCAGUCUAUAGCAUUGCAUUAUGGGACAACAAAACUACUGUUGGUGUCACUGGAAGAAAGUUGUUCAUGGAACAAUUCUGUGAGGAUGACGGAAGGUGGACUCAAUGCGCAUGGAUAGAACUUCCUUCACCUGGCAUACAUGUUUCCGUUGAACGUCCUUAUGUUUACGUAUCAACACUCCAGCACUCCCACAUGUGUUUUCAGCUAGUGGAUAGGGAUCGCCCUGGUGAUUUCGUUUUUAUCCCACAGUUUUCCGAUAGCGGUGUGCGCAACUGCUCGCGGCAUCUCGUCAUGGACGUGCCGAGUGUGAGUGACGAAAAAAGGGACCGUUUCGUACUUGUCACAGAUAAGAAGAGUAGUUCAGUGGCCGCUCUCUAUCACCCGCCCGAACACACCUACAGUAACGCAUCGGAAACGCUGUUUGAAGCGUGCCUUCCCCGCGCUGUAGUGCGUAUCGAUCGCGGUGACAUCCGUCCGCCAUGGCGUCGAGCAAACCAUAGUGGCAAGAUCGCUGGUGUUCUUGCAGACGACAUCUUCGGUGCUUGUACCGACGGCACCAUCUUUGCCUUUUCUAUCCUCUCUCAGUCAUCACGCCAUCUCUUGCGCUUGGUACAGAAUCUCAUUGAAGUCAAAACAUCGCGAUCCGCCGUACACCAACACGACAAGGUCAAGCCUCGAAGCGGAGACAUCUUCCGUAUUCUCAUGAACGAUACUUCGGGGGCUCAACAUGGCGACAUCAUGAUAAGAGAUGUAGAUCCGAGACACCUGGAACGUGCUUCUCAACGUGGACCACGGCAUAAACACGUCGAUGGCGAUUUACUCAAGCGAUGGCUGAGUGAGAGCGACAGCGACGUACAAAGUCUAGUUUGCAACGGCGUUGAUACUGAGAUUAGCAAGCUGUUCGAGGAGUUGGCGCGAGAUGUUUGUGGUGAAGAGUCGGAUGGCAAGGGGAAGGGGAUGAAGGAAGAUAGAGAGGUGUUUGAGCAGGUGAAGAGGUGGAUGUGGAAUGUACUCAUGCCCUUGCUGUAA